UUGACUCCAGUGCGGAAGAGGUCGUCAUCGUAAAAGCUGUGAGUUGGAGGCUCUGCGAAAUGUGAUGAAUUGCGAGUAAAUGUGUGCGCGUCGGUUGUGUGAAUCAAUGAACCCGCUUCUGUUAAGAGCAGAUGUCUUCUGGGCCGUUGUGUGUUUGGGCUUGAGCUGUUACUUCAAAGCCUCGUAGCGGAUUUGCAUCGCAUGUCUCGUGAGCCACGGGGAAAUCCAUCAAAGGCUGCAUGAAAAAAAUAUAUAUAUAUAUUUUUUUUUUAAGGACACAGUAGUAGUACAUACAGGUACUUUUCAUGUUCAACGGCCAUUCGAAGCCUGAACAUGUCGUGGAUAAGGGAAGGGGAAUUAAACCUGAUCGAAAAGAUCUCAGCCAAUGUCCUGAAGGCUGGACCCAUGCCAAAACACGUGGCCUUCAUCAUGGACGGUAACCGCCGCUUUGCACGGAAGAAAAACAUGGGACGCCAGGAAGGGCAUAUGCAGGGCUUCAACAAACUAGCUGAGACGCUACGUUGGUGUAAGCAUCUCAACAUCCCAGAGGUGACGGUGUAUGCCUUCAGCAUCGAGAACUUCAAGCGCACUAAAGAUGAGGUGGAUGGACUGAUGGAGCUGGCCAAGCAGAAAUUUGAAAGGCUGCUGGAGGAACGGGAUAAUCUGGAGAAGCACGGUGUGUGCAUCCGGGUACUGGGCGACUUGAAUAUGCUGCCCCUUGACCUCCAGCAGGUGAUCGCUAAAGCUGUGCUCACAACCAGGGUUCACAAUAAAUGUUUCCUGAAUGUGUGUUUUUCCUACACGUCAAGAUAUGAAAUCACUAAUGCGGUCAGAGAGAUGGCUUGGGGAGUGGAGCAAGGCUUAAUCAAAGCAAGUGAUGUUUCGGAGCCGUUGCUAAGUGAGUGUCUGUACAGCAAUAAUUCUCCCAAUCCCGAUCUGCUCAUCCGCACCUCAGGUGAGGUGCGCCUCAGCGACUUUCUUCUUUGGCAGACUUCCCACUCCUGUCUGGUGUUUCAAUCUGUUCUGUGGCCGGAGUAUUCAUUCUGGAACCUGUGUGAAGCCAUUCUCCAGUAUCAAUUAAAUCACAAGUCCAUUCAGAAAGCCAGAGACCUGCACCGAGAGCACCAGGCCUCGCUGCAGCUCGAGGCAGACCGUGCCUGUGUGGCAGAGCACCUGCAGCAUCACGGGAACGGAAAACCUCUCGACGCCCAGAGAAGACAAGAGGCACUGCUGCACUACACCGCCUGCCGGGAAGAACGAGUCCAGGACUUCCUAGAAUCGCUGAAGCACAAGAGAGACUCUUACUUUAAUAACUUAUGCAGUGAGGCAGUCUUGGCGUAGGAGGGCUCUGAAGAGGAAAGCAGUUGGUGGAAUAGGGGAUGAAACCUUUUCCGUUCUCUUCCUCCUCCUCCUCACUAAUGGGCUCCUGUGGAAAAGAGACAAGUGAACAGCUACAGGGAGUGGGUUCAUUAUGUUGCUGAUUUGUAAAGUACGAGAGGGCAAUUUUACCCCCAUGGGGCUUUCGAAUAAUUGUGAUAUUUAUGAUUGUAGAUUUUUUUAAAAAGUCUAAUGCGUGGAAAUUACUGGUCAAGAUGUAGUUAAAUAAUCCUGUGAGUUAACCGUCAAAUGCAUGCUGUUGAUCGGAAGGUCCCAUUCUGUGAGUAAAACCCCGGCGGAUCCUGUGUUUUGGAAACGCUUCCAAAGCAAUUGAUAUAAAUCAAUAGAGUUAAGAAUAUUUAUUGAGGCCCAAAGAAAUGAUUGUCUCUUCAUUGUGAUGUUGAUGAACUAGUAACUAGAUUUUGACCAGCUUUCUUUUCAGAACAGAGUGAUUACUGUAUGUCAGAUGUGAUUAAAUGAUGUAUGAAUCGUGA